AUUAGUAGUGAAAUUCAUACCCGUUUCAAGUCAUCGAAUAAAAAUACACACGUUUAAAUUAUUUGCAUAUAUAAUUGUGUAUUUAUGAGCAUAUACACAAAUUUUUACUUCAUGGCCUGCAUUGGUUUCCAGCCUCGACAACAUCAUUGACCACUCACCUAAGACUUGUUUUAUUGAUAAAUUAAUUUUCAAGCUUAGUUUUCCUCAAACCGAUCAAAGAUCCUUCUAUCAUUAAAUUUUGCUUGUCAAACUGCCUUGGCUUUGUUAAUUCCGAUAUGAUAAUAAAUGAAAUGUUAUUGCUCAUUGUUCGACACAAAAAACACUUGGAGUACCUAAAUGGCUUUUGCUCAAAUAAGCAUGACAUCGACUAUAUUUCGUUAUUCUUCACCUAGUCCUAAGCUCUACUUUAAUUAUUCAGACUCUGAUUCGACGGAAAAUGUUUGAAUUCCCAGUAAAUGAAGUGGUAAUUAUUUAGUGAUUGGUGUCAUCACAUGGAUUAUUUGGGAUUAUUUUGAUUCCAAAAACCAACCCCCAGGUCCUAUAAGACUUCCAUUUUUUGGGAAUCUCUUCCAAGUUGCCAUAUCCGAUCCUAUUCCAUACGUCGGGUUAUACAAGAUAUGCAAGCGGUAUGGAAAGCAUGGCCUUACGCGAAUUCAGUUGGGGUUCAUGAAUGCAGUAUUCCUUAAUGAUGUCCAAACCACUAAAGACCUCAUAACUCGAGAAGAAACCUUUAGUAGAGAAUUCGCCGAGGAAAUAAAAGCCAGGAAUAUGAACAAAAAUCUCGGAAUAUUGGUCGGAGUUGGUCGCCCAUGGAUGGAAAUGCGUCGCUUCACGCUUAAGACGUUGAAAAAUUUUGGAUUUUCAAAACGUUCCGUGAUGGAAAGUGUCAUAAGUUCAGAAGCGAAUCAAAUUCAGGAUGAACUUCUUCAAAUGUCAAAGUCCUCUAAAGACGGAACGAUUCGUAUCGCGGGAGACUUUUUCGCUGUAAACACGCUGAACAUAGUGCUGUGGAUGCUCACAGGUAAACGGUGUGACAGGAAUGACAAGAAUUCCGCCGUUAAUCGAUUUCUUUGCGUUGGGAGAAAAUGGGCAGAAUCUUUCUCCAUGGUUUCGGGCCUUUACAAUUAUUGGCCUUUCCUCAAAGACAUUUGUCCCCAACUGUGUGGGUUUACACGGGCUAAAAAGUUAUCCACAGAAAUGCACGAUGUUGCUCGGGAAAUGCUGUAUGAAGCGAGAGCGUCUGGAAAUUAUAAAACGAGUCAGAACUGUUUUAUUGACGAAUUUCUUGCACAAAUUGACGAAGAAGAGAAAAAGAGCGAUGGAGAGGAAAGAUUCUUCACAGACGACCAAUUUAUUAUCACGGUGAUGGAUUUGAUCCAAGCCGGGUCGGAUACUACAUCGGGCAAUAUGGCGUUUGGAAUUUUGCUGUUGACUUCAUAUCCAACUGUUCAGGAAAAAUUCGUCCAAGAAAUUAUCAAAGUUGUUGGGUCGCAAGGUGUUCCAUGUUUGGAUGACAGAGAUAAAAUGCCGUACGCCCAAGCUGUCAUAGCAGAGACGCUGAGAUAUGCCCGAAAUAUAAUGAUAAUGCCUAGAAAUGUGUUGAAGGAUUUUUGGUAUCAAGGGUUCCGCAUUAAAAAGGGCACAGCCUUGAUGAUGUUUGCACAGACGAUUAGUAUGGACGAAGACGUUUGGGGCGAUCCGGACAACUUUCGGCCAGAGAGAUUCAUCAAAAAUGGAUCCUUUAACAAAGAGUUUGCUGACGAAAAUACGGUGCCAUUUGGGACGGGCAAACGGUCUUGCAUUGGCGAAGGAGUAGCUCGCGACGCAUUAUUCAUUAUGCUGACCACACUUAUACGAAACCUCAAGUUUUCUCUGCAGGAAGGUCGUCCAAAACCGAGUCUAAUGCCGGUGCUUGGACUCAAUGCACUUGCUGCUCCCUUCGACGUUGUUGUAACACCUCGGAAGUAAUUUAUGAGUUCUGAUUAGAUCUUGAGACACAAAAUACAGAUCAGAAUGUUCAGGGAUCAUUUGUAUUUUUAUUUAAGCUCAAUGUUAACUUAAUGCAAAAAUCCUAAUCUUGAAAUAUGUUGUACAUGUGUGCCCAAGCCAAAUUAAUGAGUUUUAAUAAUUUAAUACUGCAUCAUUCUUGUGAAUAAAUAUUCUACCGAGAGUAGAUCCUUAAGUUGUGAACGAUACGA